GUAAAUUCGCAAAAAUCGUGGAAAAGUAAAUGAUACUACUUGUGCAAAACAUUAAGAGAUAAAAGCUAUCGUGGUUGUCAAUUUCUAUAUCUAUUGGUUGACUUAUGAAAAGAAUUAUAGUAAAGAGAGGGUAGGUUUAAAAAAAAUAUCAUCUUUAGUGAGCGUACAAAAUGGCGAAUCAGUUGUAAUUUAUGACGGAGCAUGUAUCUUUAAAAUAAUUUACAGAUAUAUGGAAACGAACCUCUUUAUUUUAAAUCAUGACAUAUAAAUAAUUAUUUAAUAACAUAACAUAACAUAAUAUAAAUAUAGUGAAUGUGAUAAAAAGUGAUGUAAAUCGUAGUGUUGUUUAAAAAGUAUUUCGUGCAUUUCUUGGCAAAUUUGGUAAUGAGUUACAUUCUUUAUGCUGACUUGCAUUACGUUGCCGCUCAGUGUCCAAGCGAUAAUUUGCGAAAGAUUUCGGCUCGGAGUCAUAUAUUGAACAAGAAGCUCGCCUUUUAAAGUUGAGCCCCGCACCGCACCGGCUUGCUCGCUGACCGCCGAGCCGCUAACUCGCUUUUUUCGCGCCCUACCGACGCCCGCCCAGAACCGCACCGGCCGCCGCCUCCGCAAUGCUCGCGCACCAAGCACCUAUCGCCCUCUACUAAAAUCAGCCGUCAACAUCGAUACGAACGCGUGUGAUAAUAAUAAUUUAAUACUUGCCUAAAUAAGCUUGCAACGUCGGUGUCUUUAAUUCUAACAUAAUUUUAAUACAUAGUAAUUAAUAAUCGUCGAGCCGCGCGCAUAACGCAGCGGUGUUCGUGUUCCUACGCGUGUGGAGUAGUGUGUGUAGUGACAGGUGCGCGGGCGCCGAGUGGUCGCAGCAUCAGAAGCUCAUCCGGCAGUGAGAAGUGCCAGCUCGGGCGCGCCGGCGCGCUCGCUCCCUUCUGCAUAUGCGCCGCACUCGCUCAGCGUAAUAGUGCGCGCUCUUCCCAACCCCGAACACAGUGACAACGAUGGCAACCAUGGUGAACAUGAAUAGCCUCCUGAACGGCAAAGACUCACGUUGGCUCCAACUCGAAGUGUGCCGCGAGUUCCAAAGGAAUAAGUGCUCUCGACCCGACACCGAGUGCAAGUUUGCACACCCCCCGGCCACCGUUGAAGUACAGAAUGGAAGGGUCACCGCUUGCUACGACAGUAUCAAGGGACGGUGUAACCGAGAGAAACCCCCUUGCAAGUACUUCCAUCCACCACAGCAUCUUAAAGAUCAGUUGCUCAUCAACGGACGGAAUCACCUAGCACUAAAGAACGCCUUAAUGCAGCAAAUGGGCCUGACGCCGGGCCAGGUGCUACCUGGCCAAGUCCCAGCCGUGGUGGGCGGCGUGAGCGGAGCGGGAGCGGCUGCUGGCCACCUCGCUGCGCUGGAUCCGAUCAGUCUCGCCCUGCUCGCUCCGCAGGCGACGUCACCCUAUCUGUCGGGAGUGCCCGGCGUGGGCUCGACGUACGCGCAGUACUACGCGCCUCAGCUGAUGCCGGCGGUGCUGGGCCAUGACCCGUCGGCCGCUGCCGCUUCGCCGCUGGGCGUCAUGCAGCAGCCUGUGCUGCAGCAGAAGUUGCCGCGCACCGACCGUCUCGAGACGGCCGCCGCAACGCAGCAGCCGGCAGCGAGCGCGACUUCGGAGCCGGGCAAGAAACGUCCGGCACCCACCGAGCUCGAGUCGCCACCGAUGGACAUGAAAAGCGUCGGAUCUUUCUAUUACGAUAACUUCGCCUUCCCCGGGGUGGUGCCGUACAAGCGACCCGCCGCUGACAAAGCCGGAAUGCCCGUGUACCAGCCGGCGACGACGUACCAGCAGCUGAUGCAGCUGCAACAGCCGUUCGUGCCCGUGUCAUGUGAGUACCCCGCGCCCGCCUCGUCCGCCCCGCCGGCCGCGGCGCAGGCGCCCGGCGCGCCGCCCGCGCCCGCGCCGCCCCCGCAGCCCGCGCUGCCGCCACCGCCCGCGCAACCCGCGUCGCCGCCUGCUCCCGACGGCGCGCCCGACGCCGCCGCCAUGGCCAAGGAGGUGGCGCAAAAGAGCUACGCGGCGGCACUGGCGCUGGCGGCGCAGCAGUCGGCCAUGGCGCACGCGGCCGCGGCCUACACGCAGCAGGCCUUCAAGGCCCGCGCUGCCAUGCCGGGCCUGAUGCGCGCGCCCUUCAUGAUGCGGCCGGGCUGGCCCGCGCAGCCCAUGCACAUGCCCGCCUUCUACCAGCAGCCCUACAUGUACGCCAUGCCGCCGCCCACGCCGCCCUCGGCGGCCGCGGCGGCGGCGGCGGCGGCGGCUGCGGUCAACCCCUACAAAAAGAUGAAGACGACCUAAGGGGGCACGCGGGCGGGCCGCGGCCGGAGGGGCGCGGGACGCGGGGUCUCCGCGUAGAGACUCGUACGUGUGCGAUCGAGUGUGGCCCCGGCCUGUCGGGGCGUUAGCGCUAGGCGUGUUGUCACAUUUGUAUUGUAUUAUUGUAAGGACGAAGCGAGCGGUCUCUGCCUCGCGGAAGUCUAGGUAGUUUUACGCUAUAUAUCUAUUCUAUUAUGUAUCUACUCACUUACCGUUUUAUCUUAUGCGUGUAUAUUUCUCGUACUACGAUCCCGGUAAUAAUAACGCUUGAAUGCAUGA